AUGGAGAACAAGGCCAUGUACCUGAGCACAUAUGAGGAGAGAGAAAACGGCUCCAUGUACGAAGAGGCCUACGAUGGACACAACUUGUCCAAACUCAACCUGUGUGACGAAGGUUCUGGAAAGCGUCGCAGGAAGCAGGACCAGUGCUGCACUCACCUCAACUCGCUCUCAGCCAUCAAAUACGCCAUUGUUUCCCUCUACAUCCUGGUUCUUCUCACCAUCUUUGGACUCUGCCUGACAGUCUCUCGCUCCCAGGUGUCCUCGCAGCGACAGGAAGUGCUGAUGGAGAACGUCACCCGGAUGUCGGAGCGCUCUCGGCUGCUGCAGCAGAACCUGGGCGAGGCGUCCACGCAGGCCGACCUCCUGGAGAACAUCUGGAAACUGGAGAACCUCUUCCAGAACCACAGCGACUGGCUGCAGAGGCUGGAGAUCCUCAUCAAGGGCGUGAAGGUGGAGCUCAGGAGCAUCCAGGCGUACUCUCUCCAGUCCGAGGGCUACCUGGUGCAGCUGGACGACAGGUUGUCCUCCCUGAGCAGCUCCGCCUCCAGGAACCUGACGGGCUUGAUCGCGGAGGUGACCCGAGCGUCCACCUGGCUCCGCGACCAGGACCGCAUGCUCCGGGAAACCUCAGGGAAGGUGAGCGGGCUGAGAGAGAAACUGGACGACGUCAACUGGACGGUGGGAGCUGUCAAUCACACCUUCAGCAAUGACAUCAGCGUCCACAACCUGAAGAUACAGGACUUACAGAUCCAGAUCAGCAACAUCACGGAGGACACCAGCAGUUUGUGGGUGACCCACAUCCACACGGAGGCGCAGCUGAGGAACGAGAUGGAGAUCCUGAACACCAUCACUGAGGACCUCCGUCUGAAGGACUGGGAGCACUCCCUCAGCCUGAAGAACCUCACCAUCCUGGAAGGGCCUCCGGGACCUAAGGGAGAUAGGGGUGACACUGGACCAUUCGGGGCCCCUGGGGCCCCUGGCUUGACUGGCCUAAGAGGGUUCACGGGAGAAAAAGGCCUCCAGGGCCCGCGUGGCGUUAAAGGGUCGGUCGGGGUCGAAGGCGUUCAAGGAGAAAAAGGAGAUGUUGGACCUGCUGGGCCUAGAGGUGACAGAGGAGAACGGGGGCAAAGGGGGGAGAAAGGGGAUCGGGGAGACCAAGGAGAGAAAACAGUGGAGGAGACCCUGGUGCGGUUGGUGAACGGGUCGGGUCCUCACGAAGGCCGCGUGGAGGUUUUCCACGAACGCCGCUGGGGGACGGUGUGUGACGACACCUGGGACAAAAAGGACGGAGACGUGGUGUGCAGGAUGCUGGGAUACCGAGGAGCGUCCGAGGUCCACAAGACCGGACGCUUCGGACUCGGAACUGGUCUGAUCUGGAUGGACGACGUGGCGUGCACAGGGACGGAGGACACCAUCCACCAGUGCAACUUUCCUGGCUGGGGCAAAACCAACUGCGGCCACGUUGAGGACGCUGGCGUCACCUGCAGCGUCUAA